CAAACUGUUUGUGAGAACGCUCUUCUCUUGAUUUGCUACAUUCCCCACUGGGAUGCUCCCUACGAGGAACUAACUUCUCGAAUGGAUACGGGCGCAGCGCAUGCCCGUCUAGAGUCAGCCAGCACCAGUGCUGGCACAGCUAUCUAUCUUAAAAAGGCCUCCCUAUUUGAUGAAAGCGGACAAAUACUUCAGUUCUCCGAAGCUUUAACAUCACGCUCAAAGUGGAUGAAUACAGCCACAUUCAGCCUGUUUUCAGGUGGUCGAACAGAGUACCAGGGCACCGUGGUGGUUGUAAUGAAGGACUCUUUGCUCAAACCUACUAGUGAUUUACGCCUGCCGUUCACAUGCAUUGAUCAAAAAAUCACCAGGGAACGACAAGAGGAGAUUUUUCAAUCAUUGAAUACGCAUGUGAACGUGAGCAUGACGGUUGUGAAUACAAAUUUGCAAGAGGUUGAUCAAGUAGCCGAGGGUGAAAAUAUUUCUCUGCAUUUUAAUCUCAUGCCUGCAAAUAAUGGCGUGGAUCUCAGUUUUCUCCUCCUUCGAUUUAUUCUGGCCUUCCUAUUUAUGCAGCGGGAUACAAUUGCUAAUAACAUGCGCAUCUUAAACUACAGAUGCACGACAAACAAUGAGGCUAGCAGAAUUCAGUUUGAACAGUCCCAACUCUCUGAUCGACAGUUGCAAACUCAAAUGUUUCAAGUUUUUCGAAUUGAUAACUUCAAUUCCCUCUUCAUUCGUUGCUUCAUCAAAUAUUGCCCGCAAUUUACUGCUUGUUCCGUGGAAAAUCUGGAUUGUUCAGAUCCAGCACAAAGUUACACGGGAAACAAGAAAUACAGCCACAGAUAUCGGCUUUUUGAUCGUUGGGUUCAUCUUAAUGUUGCAUCUUCGCCCAAAGAAUCGCUACUAGUAACAACUGUUGGAUCAGAGGGCAAAGGUAACGCAAACCUACGUUUGAAUUCAAUGGGACGGAAUGGUGGUGCCUCUCCAGGAGGGACUUCAAGUACUGAUACAGGUCCCUGUCAAUAUGCUGUCUGUCUUACGCAUGUUCAAAUUAUCUCUGUGUCUGUGAUUACAAUCGUUAUUAUACUUGUGGUGCUGUCAAUCUCUCUGGUAGCACUCAAGCGACAAAAUCAAUUUAGAAGAAAUGAACUCAUGGCUUCAAAGAAGCCAAACGGGGCAGCAUAUGAGUAUGUUAAUUGGUCCUCUCCUGUGAAUGCUAGAAAUUGGGGAAAUCAGACAUCUGUAUUUCAGCCUCUUGUGAUAUCUGAUACAAUUCAACGCAAUCCAGCAGCUUCUAUAGCCUCUAGCGUCUACUCUAAAGUCCAAUUACCCAAUACCACAUUUAUACGAAGUCCUAACAAUGCAGUCAGCCUCAUUCAAAACAAAUGUCCAGGUAAUCUUGGCUCCAGGUGUCGUAAUUCCAGAGAAGUGAAACGAAAACCAACUUCUGAGGCUAGUGGAACCUGGUCAGUGAAUAGACCGGAAGCCUCGGGAAAAAAGACCUUUACGAGUGCAGUGAAUGAAGGGGGACCAUUUGAACUACAGCCCCUUGAGUUCUACGAAACAGAAGCUCAAGGCUCUGUGGGUCUCUAUGCCCCGUUCCUCUGUAUUCGAGAAACUGGAACUAUUAAAAACGACACUCAUAACUCAGAAUGCUUUGUUGUGGCCAAUAAUAGUAGCAUAAGUGGACAAGAAAAUCCUGUGCUAGCAUCAACGCAGUUUGUUAUCCAGAAGACGCCGACAAUUACUUCCACGGCUCUGAACACACGAACGCCAACUCUUCAGAGAAUGUAUACAAGACCACCACCAGCAGUAAGAACAGCUGACCUCAAUACAGUAGAGCCGUUUUCUCCGAUGAAGUUUCUGACCGAAUCGGAGAAUGUGAUGGCUGAUAGAGAACUCUCCCUGUCGAAUAGCAACAUUCUGAAUGAUGAGCAAAAUGUAUAA